UAUCCGGUGGUGCAUAUCCCAUGAAGCUCCACGGCAACACAAUUGGCGUCCAAAAUGGCCGAUAUUUCCUCAUUGAACGAACACAAAUUUCGAAUCAACCAACAGCCUAAAUUUGUUGCUUCUCCUCAUACAGACAGGGUUAGCGGUUCCAAUAGUGAAGAGGUUAUUGGCCAGAUUCAUCAGGCUGUACAUAAAACGCGGAUUAAAAUAUCAAAUUUGAAGCAAGAAGUUGCAAACAAGGAUCAGGAGGUGAAGCGAGAGCGGGCCAUGAGAAAGGCAGCGGAAAGAGGUGAUCAGGACAAGAGUACAGAAGGUACAUACAUUGACCCUUACGCUGGCUCUAGCCCAUCUGUGAAGGAAGAAUUAAAACAGUGGUUGUCUCCUGCAGCUCAGCGGAAGAGAUUAAUGGGAAGAGGGAACUCUCCCCCAGAGAGGAAGGAGAGGACCCCAACACGAAGCAAACCAAGGCAUCAAGGUGAUGAGGCAGAAGGGCAAGAGCAAAUGACUGGUGAGAGCUACUGCAGCUCAGAAGAAGAUAGGAGGAUGAGAGAGAGAAAGGGCAGGAGGCGUGGUCAAGCCAGAAGAGGUAAUGAUGAUGAAGAAUGGGAUGAACGGUCCUCCUAUAGUAGAAGAAGGCAUCAGCCCUCAUCCUGGUAUGGAGAGUAUGGCCCUCCUCCUCCUCCUCCACCUCACCCUGCCUACACCGCCCCCAACCCUUGGAUCAGUCCACAUCGAGUGCCUCCUAUUCCAUCUUAUGACCCACGCCUCCUCCACACCAUCGGACCGGAUUACCCUUCCUAUGCCAUACCCCAGCACGCUACAUCAACACCUGAUCAUCAGCGCAGACACAGCUCGGGAGAUCCCAACCAUCCAUUCACCGUCCCUACCCUGGUCAUCCCGGCCCAGACCAAAGAGAGCGGCCAGGGAGAUCAUGUCAGAAGCAACGUGGACAGGGUCACGUUACAGCACUCCAGCCCACAGGGCCAGUCCUCGACGGCUCCUCAGCAGAUCCCUGUCACGAUCCAGAUCCAGCAGUCUCCCACUAGUACCCAGCAUGACAGGUCCCCGCUACCAUUCACCUCCAUGACAGAAUCAGCCACUAAAGGAGAGUCUCGGCUUAAUACAAGUGAUAGGUCAGAGACUGUGUCCACUGGGGUGGGGACUAGUCCACUCCAAAUGCCUAGGAAUGCACCCUUUGAUGAAAGAGGGCUCCCGAUGCUCCUAGAUGAACUUGGAGCCACCAAAGACAAGAAUCAAGUAUUAUCUGAGAAGUGUUCUGAAGCAAAGCUAGAAAUUGAGUCUUUGAAGAUGCAGCUUGGUGUGAAAGAUGCCAUGUCAGAAGCAGAGAUAGCAGCCAAGGGAGCAUCUCUGAUUGAGGAGAUUUACACUGCUCAGAGGGAGCAUGAUGCGGCCAUCAUGUCCCGACUGAACCUGGCCAAUGACGAGAGAGAUGAUGCCUUUGCCAGACUUCAGAGGUAUCAUUCUAAAGAUGGCUUUGAUUCAGGGACAGAUGUCAACUCCAAUGAAGAAGACAACACCCCAGCUGACGCAAGCCUCAAUAAUUUGCUGACAAGGUUGACAGUAGCUGACAACAGAUCAUCAAUCAGCAAGUAUGGGUCAGCCAUCAUCGGACGUAUCUCUAAAACCAAAGGAAGGAGGGAGGAGAUCACUUCAGAGGAGAUGAGGGCCAUACUCAAAGAAAAGGACAUUGCUGUAGCAAAGUGCAAAAAGCUUGAAAGGGAAGUGAUUGAGUUGAGGAGAAACAAAGAGAGCUCCAAAUCUCGGAACAACAAUGAAAAGUCACUUAAGGCACAACUUGAUAUCACCCGUGAUGAGAGGGACAAGGCCUUAGUUGCUGCCAAGAAGCGCAAGGAUGAGAUUGAAUCACUGAAGGUGUAUUACAGCCUUCAUAAGUCUCUGUCCCAAGAAGCCAACAUGAGGGACCAAUUCAACAACACGCUGGGAAGCAUUGAGGAGCAAGUUAAGACCAGGGACGAGGUCUUAGCCCGGACCCAGCAGAACAACAGCCAGCUGGCCCAGCAGGUCCGAGCAGCCAAUGAUGAAAGGAACAAGAUGGUCGUCCAACUCCAGAGAUUUGAGCAAGAGAAUCAGCAUCUGAAGAGUAAAACACACCAGUUGGAACGACUUGUGGCAGUGCUGAGGAAGAAGGUGACUGAAGGAACAGUCAAGACAGUCUGAUGAGCUCCUUCUCCAUCUGCAAUUCAGAAGAAGAAAAAAAGAGUAAUAUUAAUUCUUUUUUAAUGAAGUGGGGGGGGGGAGGUGAUAUGACAAUGUAGAUUUAUUCAUUCAUUUAGGAGUAUAGUUGGUGUAUAGUUUGAUUAUUUGACAAUCGUGUACAGAUACACGUAAAUCAUUUAGGUCUCAAAAUCAUAACUCUUCUACUUCUUGCACAUCUAUAACCAGGAAUUUGAAAUACAGUACUCGGCAAGAUGACUGUAAAAUUAUGUGUGUUGGCAGCAAAACUUCAAGUGAAAUACCUAUUGACUUGAAAAAUACUGCACCCUGAACUUAAAAUGAAACAGACUAUUUAAACAUAGAUAUAUUCUUAGCACUAGUCAACUUAAUAAGUCUCAGCAAUUCUUUUACAUUAUUAUUAUCAUGAUCUACAAGAUAUUUGUGAAUAAAUUAUUACUUUAAUAUGCUGUGAUGAUACUACUGACAACUGUAUACUCAGAUUUUAGGCUCUCUCAAAUUCAGUCAUUUUAAUUAGCCUAUCACAAAUUAUCUUACUUUACAGUGAUAGUCAUGGAAAGGAAAUAUUGAUAAAAAUGAAGAAAGUCAGAUUUUACUGAGUACUAUCCUUUUAAAAUAAAAUAGCAAAAUUUCCAUUUGUCAUCUUUUAAUUAGAUUGUUUGUAGGCAUGUCUUUAUGUGUCUUUUAAAAAAGGAAGUCAUUCCUAUAUUAAUGUGAAGAUGAAAACAUUGUUUUUUAUAGUUUUAAUGUACAACAUGUAUAUAUUAGAAUGUUGAGUGAUUCUUAUUAUAAACUGAAAUCUUUUAUUUCUUUUAUAAUAUUCACAAUCAUUGUAUUCUAUUCAUAUUCUCAGAGUAUUAUAUAUCUUUAUUCCAUCCAGUCCUGUACAAAAACCAAUCACUUUACUAGUACUUUUACCUGUAUAAUUCACCUUGAUAUCUACUAGAUUUUGUAAGUGUGUGAAAGUUAUUGAUUGAAUGUGUGCAGUAAUAUCAAGCUAUAAGUUGAAUGUGCACAAAUAUACAUACUCUAGUUUUGUGUCUGAUAUCCCUGUGUAAGGAGGAUAGAGCUAAAAUAAAAUCAUGACAUUCUAUGCUAUCAAUAGAUGAAAAGAUAGUAAAUGUUGUUUCUAUAAAUGUCUAUAAAUUCCAGUUUAUAUGAAUAUAGGUGUAAAUGAAAUUCAUGAUCUGAUUUUGAUGCUGGUGUGAUAGUAUCAUUCAUGCUAGGAAAUCUUUUUUUUCUUCAAUUUACACAAACAUUACAAAUAGGAGCAUCUAAAAGCUAAGUUAGAUUAUAUCAAAGUUCAAUUUUGUUUUUAAUAUGUAUUAUCCCUGUCAUCAGACUAAUUUUUUUGUUGUGCUCAAUAUAUAAUAUUUUGUGUAUAUCAGUUGACAAAGUUUUAGCUACAGUAAAUUUGAAAACGGGUAUUCAUAUAAGGUAAAAAUGUAUCUUGUUGAAUUUAAUGUCAAACCUAAUACUAAAAAUACCGGUAGUGAGUACUGUAAUAUUGGGGGUUAUCAUAUCCGACGAAUUAGUACAGUGAAUGUUAGGCACACAUUUUUUAUUAAUCUUUUUAGUUUCGCCAAGUACAAAAAAUCGGUCCUUGCCAUUUUUACAAUCAAAAGAAAAUUGCUGCAUUUUGAUAAAACUGUAUACGGUUAAAAUGGAAGUUACUGUUGAAGUCAAUGAUAUCUGUAGAUGUUAUCAAUUUUAAGCUAACAAGGUGUCUGUGCUUUAAAUAUACAAAAUGAUCUUCUCAAUAUACCCCUUUUAUUUCUGUGCCAGAAUCAUUUAACCCAAUUAUGUUUGCCUAUCAUUUAUGCCAAAAUGCAUGUUUCAUUUUUUAUUUACUCUUUUAUAUUCCACAACCAGUACCACUUGGCCCUUAUUUGUAUUGGGUGCAAGUACAAUUCCUCAAUAAAACGCAGUAAUGUGUGCAAGUAAACAUGGA